GCUCAGUCAGCAUUUGACUCGGUGGUGGCAGGGGAUCCAGGAUUUCCACUUGUCAGUUACUCCCCGAUACCGAAAUCAAGUGCAUCCCCUCAGCUAAAAUGUCAAAGUUGGAUCAGAUUCUCAUUCUUGACCCUCCCUCCGACCUCAAAUUUAAAGGUCCUUUCACAGAUGUAGUCACCACCAACCUCAAACUGAAGAACCCCUCUGACAGAAAAGUAUGUUUCAAAGUGAAGACGACUGCACCGCGUAGGUACUGUGUACGGCCAAACAGCGGUGUCAUUGAUGCCGGAGCAACGGUCAUUAUCUCCGUCAUGCUACAGCCCUUUGACUAUGACCCCAACGAGAAAAGUAAACACAAAUUCAUGGUGCAGACAAUUUUUGCCCCGCCAAAUGUUUCUGACAUGGAUUCAAUGUGGAAAGAUGCAAAACCCGAUGAUCUCAUGGAUUCCAAGCUGAGAUGUGUCUUCGAACUGCCUUCUGAAAACGAUAAAGUGAAUGACGUGGAGGCGACCAAAGCAGCCCCGGUGAUGAACUCUGUGAAGGGCGACGCAUCAGCGGCCUCGGUGCCUGUGUCUGCCUCACUGGACGAUACAGAGUUGAAGAAAGUGCUGGAGAAGUGCAAGAGGCAGCAAGCUGAGAUCAACAAGCUGACCGAGGAGAACCGGCAAUUAAAGGACGAAGGUAUUAGAAUGAGAAAGGUACCCCGCUCAGACCACGUGACAACAAACUCGACUAGCCUCCUCGGCCGAGAAGCCAGCACCGCCUCCCUGCCCUCCCUCCUCGUCGUCAUAGCAGCCAUCUUCAUCGGAUUCUUCCUAGGGAAGUUCAUCUUGUAGACUGGGAGAUGCAUGCCAGCCGUAUCCCCCGCCCCGGCUCCGGAAUGAAACAGGCCUGGAAAAACCGAGAAGUCUUUCUGUUGACUUUGCCAUAUCAUUGGUAGUGUGGCCUACAGUGAACACAUCUGUACAGCAUCAUUCGAAGGCGUCGCCUUUUUACAAUCUCACACGGUUAGUACACACAGAGAGCUGAGAAAAGAAUGGCGACAAAAAAGUGAUUGCUCCCUUUUUUGUUUCCUGUUUUUUGAUGGCUGAAUUAUGGAGGUAAUGUGCCGGGACAAUGAAAGGUGUAAACUAUCAGUCAACAUGGAAGAUGCACCCAGAGUGAACCAUGGGCAAGAGGCAGUCAAAAGAUUAGUCUCUCUCUCUCUCUCUCUCUCUCUCUCUCUCUCUCUCUCUCUCUCUCUCUCUCUCUCUCUCUCUCUCUCUGCUGUUUUUAAUAGGAGUUGAAUGGAAUGUUAGGUGUCAUGUAAAUGUUGUUUUAAAUCCUUUUAAACAUAAAAAGGAAAGAAGUUCCAUCAAAAAGACCUUGCUACCUGUUGCUGGAUUGCCUCUGAAGUCAAUUUGUUCAGUUUGUAAUUUCUACUUCUUGUCUUGGAAUGUUCAGGUCCAGCUGGGGAUAUAGGUGCCUCCUCCUUGUACAUUUCUGUCCUUUCCUUUUCCUCACAAUGCAGACUUUAUAUUAUUAUUAUUAUUAUUAUUAUUAUUAUACAAAUCAUAUAUUCCUUCUGAGGCAAAUAUUGACUGAAAUAAGGUCUCCAUUCUUAAAAUCCUGUCCCAUGGUAUUAAGCAUUGAAAAAAUAAAAAUG